UCCCCCCCCCCCCCCCCCUUUCAGUUUCUAGUGUCACCUCUCCGGGAGCACCGCUCCGAUUACCGUGGAAGAAACAUUCCCGUCAUGGCGCCUAGAUUCCAGCUGAAGUCUAACGUGAAGAGCAUUGAGUGCGAGCUGCAUUGCCCAGUGUGUAAGGAGAUCGUCAAGCAGCCCGUGGUCCUGCCAUGUCAGCACAGCGUCUGCCUGAUGUGUGCCUCAGAGGUCCUGGUUCAAAAUGGCUACCCUCCUCCGGAGCUGCCACCCGAGCCCAACUCUCCUGCCUCCACCCCCAACACCCGCUCUCCCCGCCAGGCACGCAGGCCCAUGCCCAGCAAGGCCGACCAUCGACCCAUCGACCGCGUGCUACGUUCAGGAUUUGGGACGUAUCCGUCGCCGGGGCGACGGCGUAAGGAACCGCCGCCCCCUGCGAUGUUGUUUCCGUGCCCGCCCUGUGGGAGAGAGGUAGAGCUGGGAGAGAAGGGCCUGACGGACUGCCUGCGUAACCUCACCUUGGAGCGCAUUGUAGAGAGGUACAGGCACACAGUGAGCCUGGGCAGUGUGGCUGUGAUGUGUCAGUUCUGCAAGCCUCCCCAGUCCCUGGAGGCCACUAAGGGCUGCGCCGACUGCCAAGCCAGCUUCUGUAACGAGUGUUUCAAGCUCUACCACCCCUGGGGGACGCCGCGCGCCCAGCACGAACACGUCCAGCCCACCCUCAACUUCAGGCCCAAGGUUCUGUCGUGUCCGGAGCAUGACCAGGAGCGUCUGCACUUCUACUGUAGGACGUGCCAGCGGUUGCUGUGCCCGCUCUGCAAGCUGCGCCGCGUCCACGCCGGGCACAAGGUGGCGCCAGUCGCCCAGGCCUACCAGACACUCAAGGACAAGAUUACCAAGGAGAUGAACUACAUUCUGUCCAACCAGGAGACGGUGCUGGGCCAGAUCUCACAGCUGGAGAGUGCCACCACUCAGACAGAGGCGAACAGCGUAGCGGCACGGGAGCAGCUGUCUCAGAGCGUGAGAGACCUGACCGCCCUUCUCGCUGAGCGCCACGCCUCAUUGUCUCAGGCCCUGGAGGGGGCACGGCAGAGGCGGGGCGAGGCGUUGGCGGGCCAGGUGGCGGAGAGGCGGAGCCUGCUAGAACACGCAGGUCUCAUGGCGUUCUCCCAAGAGCUGCUGAAGGAGACGGACCCGCCCUGCUUCGUACAGGCAGCACGCCAGACACACAGCAGGUUAUCCACGUCCAUCGAGGGGCUGCAGUGUUUCUCUCUGGCCGCUGAUCCCUCCUUCAGACACUUCCAGCUGGACGUCUCCAAAGAGCUCAAACUCCUCACAGACCUGCAGUUCAUCCAGGCCCCUCUGGCCCCUGUUAUUGACACCCAAAAGACCCUGGCCUAUGACCAGCUCUUCCUGUGUUGGCGGCUGCCUCAGGAAUCCGCCCCCGCCUGGCACUUCUCUGUGGAGUUUCGUCGCCGGGGGGUGGUGCCAGGAGGCGGGGCCAGGGGUGGUAUCCAAGGGCGAUUGGCUGCGGCCCGCUGGGGCUGGCAGCGGCUGGAGGAGGUGGGCGGAACCAGUGCUGUGAUUGACAGGUUGGAGAUGGACAGUGUGUAUGUGUUGAGGGUGAGAGGCUGCAACAAGGCGGGCUUCGGGGAGUACAGUGAGGAGGUGUACCUACACACCCCGCCAGCACCGGGUCCACUCUCUCAAUCCAUAUCUCCCCCUCUGCCUGUUAAUGUGAGCAUCGACACUCUUUUCUCAUUUUUCCUCCUGUUGCUUCGCACAUAUCUCGACCUCUUUUUACAUUUAUACCAUGCAUCUCUUGUCCUCCCAGGCACCCUCGUUCUCCCUCCACAAUGAGAUCUCAGAGUGUGUUGAUGAGGUUUGCUAUUUGUUCAAACCUGAGGCUUAACAAAUGGAUUGAGUUGAUGGAGAUCUGUGCUAAUGUGUCUGGGAAGUCCGGAGUGGUCAUUCCUUGUCUCCCUUGGUAAACGAUUCUAUUCUGCUAUGUUUCCCUCAGGAAUAUUAAUAAUCCCAAUUUAGGAACGAUGCAUCUCCUUCUCCUUUGAUUGACCUUCUGCUUGACUGUUUUCUAUCAGUUUCUACGUUUGUUGACGAAAGACAGUUUGACUCCCUCUCUCCUAGUCCAUGUCUCCUCUUUUCAUUCCAGAGGAGUUGCAUGACAGUUCUUUAUCCCUCGUCUCUGUUAAACCUCUCAGUUCUUUCUUUGUUGCCCUGAUUCUAUGCAGGGCAUUCAGGAAGUAUGCAGAGCCCUUUUCCACAUUCUGUAACAUUACAGCCUUAUUCUAAAAUGUAUAAAAUAUCCCCCCCCCCCCCAUCAAUCUACACACAAUACCCCAUAAUGACAAAGUGAAAACAGUAUUUCAACCAACCAGCACUCCACCAAUCAGGCAUUUAUGGUAGAGUGGCCAGAUAGAACCACUCCUCAGUAAAAGGCACAUGACAGCCCGCUUCAAGUUUCUCUGGUCUGAUGAAACCAAGAUUGAACUCUUUGGCCUGAAUGCCAAGCUUCACAUUUGGAGGAAACCUGACACCAUCCCUACAAUGAUGCAUGGUGGUGGCAGCAUGCUGUGGGGAUGUUUUUCAGCAGCAGGGACUGGGAGACUAGUCAGGAUCGAGGGAAAGAUGAAUGGAGCAAAGUACAGAGAGAUCCUUGAUGAAAACCUGUUCCAAAGUCCUCAGGACCUCAGACUGGGGCAAAGGUUCACCUUCCAACAGGACAAUGACCCUAAGCACACAGCCAAGACAACGCAGGAGUGGAUUCGGGACAAGUCUAUGAAUGUCCUUGAGUGGCCCAGCCAGAGCCUGGACUUGAACCACAUCUCUGGAGAGACCUGAAAAUAGCUGUGCAGAAAUGCUCCCCAUCCAACCCGACAGAGCUUGAGAGGAUCUGCAGAGAAGAAUGGGAGAAACUCCUCAAAUACAGGUGUGCCAAGCUUGGAGCGUCAUACCCAAGAAGAUGAGGCUGUAAUCGCUGCCAAUGGUGCUUUAACAAAGUACUGAGUAAAAAAUCUGAAUACUUAUGUAAAUGUAAUAUUUCCAGUUUUUUUUAUAGAAAUUAUCAAAAAAUUCGGAAACAGUUUUUGCUUUGUCAUUGUGGAGUAUUGCGUGAAGAUUGAUGAGGGGAAUUUUUUUUAAACAAUUUUUAGAAUAAGGCUGUAAUAUAACAAAAUGUGGACAAAGUCAAGGAGCCUGAAUACUUUCUUAAUAUACUGCAUCUUACUACUCCUCUAUCCCUGUAUUAGUGCUGAUCGAUUAACAGAAAUAUCGGUUAUUUUUUGUUUUAUAAACAACUAAUUGACCGACGUCGGUUCAAUUAUUUUGAAUUCCACUUUGUUCAGUUUUGUUCUGUGAGCUCAAUGUGCGGUUUCUGUAUAGAUAACUCAGAUCAAGCCUGAACUGUGCGAUGUAGUAGGGAGUUUUAGUUUUCAACAGGCCAAUAUUCUACAUUGUUUAGCUCAGAAAACUUGAUAAUUAACUACAAUGACCAUAAUCCAUUGCGUGCCCGCUUGAACUUGUCUGGUCUGUGCGGAGCAGACACAGAGACUGAGACAAGAGAGAACGUGCGAUGAAGAGGGACAGAAAGCAGUUGCUUCACGAGCGCGUAAAUACAUGAUCUAAGUGAUUGAUAGUUGGUAUUCAGCAGUCAAAAGUAGGCCUUAUUGGCGCUAGCUGCGCCACCAGAGACCCUGGGUUCGCGCCCAGGCUCUGUCGCAGCCGGCCGCGACCGGGAGAUCCGUGGGGCGACGCAUAAUUUGCCUAGCGUCAUCCGGGUUAGGGAGGGUUUGGCCGGGUUUGGCCGGUAGGGAUAUCCUUGUCUCAUCGCGCACCAGCGACUCCUGUGGCGGGCGGGGUGCAGUGCGUGCUAACCAAGGGAUCCAGGUGCACGGUGUUUCCUCCGACACAUUGGUGCGGCUGGCUUCCGGGUUGGAGGCGCGCUGUGUUAAGAAGCAAUGCGGCUUGGUUGGGUUUUGUUUCGGAGGACGCAUGGCUUUCGACCUUCGUCUCUCCCGAGCCCGUACGGGAGUUGUAGCGAUGAGACAAGAUAGUAAUUACUAGCGAUUGGAUACCACGAAAUUGGGGAGAAAAGGGGGUAAAAUUAAAUAAAAAAAUAAAAAAGUAGGCCUUAUUUACUUUGAAAACGACUAAAAUAGUGAUUCUGUCAGACAGCAUAGGCAGCAGCUCUAUAGAGAUGAGAACUUGGAAUUAAAUAUAAAGUUAUUAAAUAAAACAAAUAUUUUAUUAAAGUAAUGUGAAUAAAUUAUGGUUAAAGUGAUAAGCAGUCACUACCAUCAUUGUUUUAUUCUGUGUUUUUACAGCAUUCAACCCACAUAAUGCACAUUGCAUUUAAUGUACAUUUCUUUAAUCGAAAUAAAAAUAAAAAAGUGGUUAUUUUUGAAUAAUUGAACCAACCUCAAAAAUCACUAAUUGCUCAGCACUACCCUGUAUUUACCUCCUCUGUGCCCUUAUCGUCUUCCCUCUCUCCUACUUCGCUUCUCUACUCUAUCUCAUCAAAACCUACCUCUUC